CAUUGAAAAGGGCAAUUCCUGGCUAGCAGACAUGAAACGAUCGGAAGCAACGCAGCAGGCGAGAUGUCAAGAGUGGGACAGCACGGGAUCGUUUGAUGGUUCCGACUGUUGGCUUCCGGACUCCCGGUAGGUCGAGCCUGCAAUGGGGCGAUGGCAGGAACGCCCCACUUUCACUUAGUAGUAUAUGCGCCAACGCACGAUACAAUUGCUUGGUCGGAACAAAAUAACAGCGCAAACUAGGCUGCUCCAGGCUCGAAUUCCGAGACCCAUUCUUGCAGAUUACUCGGACCGAACUGUUGCUGCUGCCCCGCGACCCCCCUGAACUAAUCGAUCAUGUUUCCUGCAGCUCCUACAUAAGCGCCGCAGCCCGCUUGCAGGGUUUGCUCCGCUGUGAGGCACUAGAGUUUCUUGAUCUCUCACAUUCCAGAACCCCUUGUCACCAUGUACCUACUCAAGAGGGAGGCCUUCACGGCCGUCGCCGUAUGGGCAAUGACCUCGGCCUGUCGCAGUGUGCCCGUCGCGCGCGAUUGGGCUAGUGGUCUGUGCCCGCGGAGUGACGCCGAUCUGCAGGAGCUUGGAGCCAAGCUUUCCAGCACGGCCAAGGUGUACUUCCCUGGCUCGUCGGAGUUCGAGCUCGCAUCCGCACGCUGGUCUACACUGGCCGAACCCAAUGUAACAGUCGUUGUGGUUCCCGGCACCGAGAGCGAUGUCGCCGAGACGGUGAAAUUCGCCAACAAGAAAGACCUGCCCUUCCUCGCAUACAAUGGCGCCCACGGAGCCCUUACCACCCUCGGCCAAAUGACCCACGGGAUUGAGAUAUCCCUGAGCCAACUGAGCAGCGUUGAAGUCGCCGAAGAUGGGAAAACGGCCAAGUUCGGCGGCGGAACCAUCUCCAAGACUGUCACCGACGAGCUGUGGAAAGUUGACAAGCAAGCAGUGACUGGAACCUGUGAGUGCGUCAGUCUUCUCGGACCGGCGCUUGGAGGCGGACACGGCUGGCUUCAAGGACACCACGGUCUUGUUGCAGACCAGUUCAUCUCCAUGAAUGUUGUUCUUGCCAACGGAACCCUGAUCACCAUUGACGAGAACUCAGAUCUCUGGUGGGCGAUGAAGGGAGCAGGCCAUAACUUCGGCAUUGUCACCUCUCUGACUACCAAGAUUUUUGAUCUUGAGCACAGUGAGUGGGCUAUCGAGACUAUUACCUUCAGCGGUGAGAAGGUCGAGGCUGUCUACCAGGCCGCCAAUGACUAUCUCUUGAAGAACGGCACGCAGCCCGAAGGUGUCAUCAAUUGGUCUUACUGGAUGAACGAUGCAACUGCAGACCCUAACAACCCUGUCAUCGUCUUCUACAUUAUCCAGGAAGGAGUAACGACCGUGGACUCCAAGUACACCAAGCCCUUCCAUGACAUUGGACCGUUGUCUGUGGUUCCCGACAGCGGCACCUACAAGGACCUCGCUACCUGGACCGGCAUUGCCAGCUCAUCCAUCCCAUGCCAGAAAUCCGGCUACUCCAACCCCCGUUUCCCUAUCUACCUCGAAUCGUAUAACGUCCAGGCCCAAAAGAAGAUCUGGGAUAUCUUCGCCCCGGCCAUCCGCGGAAACUCGGUCUUCAACAAUUCAAUGUUCCAGUUCGAGGGCUACUCUACCCAGGGCGUUCACAACAUUGACAGCCGCUCGAGUGCAUUUGCUUUCCGCAGCGAGAACCUCCUUGUCGCCCCACUCAUCAACUACCUGCCUGGCGGCGCAGAUCGUGACCGUCAAGCGCGUGCCUUAGGCACCCAGCUUCGCGACAUUCUCCACGAAGCGAGUGGUCGGAAGGACAUGCGCGCGUACGUCAACUACGCCUACGGAGACGAGACACCAGAGCAGCUGUACGGCAGCGAGCAGUGGCGUCAGAACCGCCUGCGAUCGUUGAAGCAGAAGUAUGACCCAGAGGGCAGGUUCAGCUUCUACGCUCCCAUUCCUUAGACCUGGGCGCAAGGGUGUGAGAAUUGUACAUAUCACGGGGGAUUUUACCAGACCAAUGUACAUUAGUUGUAUCGAUAUUAUAGAUGAAAAAAUGAAUAAAUAAAAAUGGCAUUUAGAUCUUCAAGUUAUAGCAUGCCCUCC